AUGGUCACUCCACACACAAGUGAUUUAAGCUACUCUGGGUUCUCUGUAGUCCUUGUGCUCGAGAGCACAGUGGGCCGCUUGGCGGAAAGCCGCCCGUGCGUGGACUGCCACGCGUUCGAGUUCAUGCAGCGCGCCCUGCAGGACCUGCGGAAGACGGCCUACAGCCUGGACACGCGGACGGAGACCCUCCUGCUGCAGGCAGAGCGCCGGGCCCUCUCUCAACCCUCUUGGCACCUGUCCUACAACAGUGCCAAUGCUGAGCAGCAGCGUGCACACCCCGCCACUUGCGUGGACCUGCAUCCACAGUAUGGCCUGUUCACUCAGAUCCUCUCUAUGCCCCAGCAGGACCUGCCCUGGCCUCCCCCACCCCCACGGGCCUCCCAACCGGUGACCUGUCCUGUUGUCAGUGAUUUUGUGCCUGGGAGCCCCGGGGGUGCAGGUGUCAGCACCACAGUGAAGAAGCCAGAGUCCUGCCUUCGCCCAGUGCUCUGCUUCACCCUCACCCGCUCGCUGCUGCUGACGCUCCUGGUGCCGGCCGGGCUGCUGGGUUUGCGCUAUUACUACAGCCGGAAGGUGAUCCUCGCCUACCUGGACUGCGCCCUGCACACGGACAUGGCUGACAUCGAGCAGUACUACAUGAAGCCCCCGGGCUCCUGCUUCUGGGUGGCCGUGCUGGACGGCAACGUGGUGGGCAUCGUGGCAGCGCGUGCCCAUGAGGCGGACAACGCCCUGGAGCUGCUGCGCAUGUCCGUGGACUCCCGCUUCCGCGGCAAGGGCAUUGCCAAGGCGCUGGGCCGCAAGGUGCUGGAGUUCGCGCUGGUGCACAACUACUCUGCGGUGGUGCUGGGCACGACGGCCGUCAAGGUGGCUGCCCACAAGCUCUACGAGUCCCUGGGCUUCAGACACAUGGGCUCCAGUGACCACUACGUGCUGCCUGGCAUGACCCUCUCGCUGGCCGAGCGCCUCUUCUUCCAGGUCCGCUACCACCGUUACCGCCUGCAGCUGCGUGAGGAGUGACCGCCGCCCGCCCGCCGCCUGGCCGCCCCAUCCGCCUGUGCCCACCUGCCCGCCGCCCGGGCCUGCUUUCAGACGCUCACCUUGGCGUUUCUGUUGGGUUUUUCCUUUUUCGACAUCACGUGGUUCUCUGGCUGGUUCUGGGAGGGACGGGGCUACCGCUCAUCCAUGACACUUCAGGGGUGGGUCAUUUGCAGCCAUGACCCCCUGCCCUCCUCAGCCUGCUGGGACCACGCCCCGAAGAGUGACAGCAUGGACCACCACAUGCCCAUACAGCUGCCCGGCCUUGG